AUGCGUCUAGGCCACCUCCAUCUCUCCCGGCCGCAGAGAAUAUGGCCGUACCAGCGCGUCGCCGUCCUACAAGACCAAGCCGUGGCCAAGUAUCUCGCCGCAAAAGCGCGGCCUGAACUUUCUCCGCCAAACCCUACCGUCAUCACUACCGAAUUUAAUCCCGUCUACACCUGCGGCCGCAGAGAAAUCGGCACUGUCGAUCCCAAGCAGCAGGACUACCUCCGCGCGAAUGGCGAGGCCGAAUUCGUCGAAGCCCUGCGCGGAGGCCAGACGACUUUCCACGGCCCUGGUCAGCUGGUCGCCUACCCUAUCAUCGACCUGAAAAGGCAUCGCAUUACCCCGCGCGACUAUGUCUGCCUACUGGAGAAGACCGUAAUCCAGACUUGUGCUGCAUAUGGCAUCAAGGCCAUGACCACCGAGCACACGGGCGUGUGGACCACUCCAGACAGGAAGAUAUGCGCUCUUGGCCUGCACAUGAGACGGAACAUCACCAGCCACGGCAUUGGCCUGAACGUCAAUACCGAUCUCAAGUGGUUCGACAGGAUCGUUGCCUGCGGCCUUGAGGGCAAAAAGACUACCAGCUUCGAGAACGAGGGCGUCGUGGGAAAAACCGUCGAAGAGGUUGCCAACUUAUUCGUCAAAAACUUCGCUGAAAGACUUAAGGCUGCCGGGGUGGACGAGAUGAGUAGUGAAGAGGACUACAUACGAUACUUAGAUGCAGAAUAG